AUGAUGACCGGUGAAUGGAAGCCGCAAACAAAUUAUAAGCUAGACUUCUACACUCCUCGCUUAGCGGAAAAGAUUAUGUACAGAUACAGAAACCCUAUUUCUUCUUUGAAUGAAUGGUUAGAUGCCGAGGGAACUGCUCCAACUUACUACUUACCUAAAUCAAGGGUAAUCUGGAGUGCUUUGCGUAAGUAUGUUACUCACAACAACCUUUACAACCAAUUCUAUACCGCAACUAAUAUAGUUGCUCAAGUUAUGUUAACCGUAUAUCCUGAUACUGCCGAAGGUAUGACCUGGUUAACACAUGUACCCGAAGUUCAUUUACCGAAGUUUGGGUCUGUGCGUGGUAGAUAUCCAUUCUUGAACUCAGGCGAAGCCGCUUUCAUCCAAGCGAAAGCAUUAGAAGACUGGGCUGCGUUAAUCGCCAAACCUGAACUAUUAUUCACUUACGGUAUGAUGUUAGCAUCGACUUUAAAUAUUGGAUUAGCUGUUAGAGAUGCAAAGGCAUCGCUUUUGAUUGGAGAAGAUAAAUCGAGUUUUGAUGAUACAUUAUUCUUAACCCCAGAAACGUUUUUUGCGUCGGCUGUUUCAUUAGCAACUGGCUUGGAUGCCCCAUUGAAUGGUAUGGGUGACGUAUACGUCUUUUAUCCAGAACUUGUCAAUAUAAAUGAGACAUGGGAGGUUCCAGCUGUUAUUCUUGAAUCUAACGGUUAUUUGAUAAAAGAUAGUCAUAUCUUAUCCACUGGGGUUCCUUUCGUGGGCUCGCCAUAUUUGGUAUAUCCGUUGGCCGUAUUUGACGAAGCAAAUCCUUAUUCUGGUAACUUUGUCUUGCCGGAGCCAUUAAGGCGUACACGUAAGGGAGCCAUUUACAGCUUUAUUGAUGCCUGGAAAAUGGGAUGGGCAGCCAGAAUUGCAGGCUAUGACUUGUCUAUCAAUAUUUUUAGUUCUACUGUGCAUUAUACCAAAUACUUUAGUCCUAAUAACAAUUCUUGGUCCCAUGUUUUAACAAAUGGUAUCGAUGACAAAGUUGAAGGCGUCUUGAUUAAAGAUAUGACCAGAAGAGCAAGACACUUUGUUGACCUUCCAAAUUUCUUCGUUCCUGGUAAUCAUCCCGUAACUGAAGUCAAAGUUAACGUCCUUGGUACAUAUGUAUUAGAUGCAGUGGGUAACAAACACAGGGCAGCUGGAACUGCUAACGAAUGGGUUACUCCAUCUUCACUUGGCCUUCAACUUGUUUCCAAGGGAGACGUACGUAGAUUCUGGGGCGAUAUCAAACGUCAUAAAUCAGGCUUAGCGAUGGAAGGCUUAACAAUGCCUGUGAUUGUCCCUGCAAUCGAAGGCAAUGAAGGAGUGGAGGUAAUGUGA